UUUGUUUUUCAAUUUAUUUAUAGGUCAAACUAUUUUGACUUUGACCAAAUCCAUCGUUGACACAAAAACGCUACCUAAUAAAAAGUGCUUUUCGCGGUUUAACGCUUUUAAUAAUUGUUAAAUAAGAAUAAAAUUGAACACCUCCCGCUCCCCCAAAUUUAUUCAACUUUCAAUUUUUGGAGCCCUAGCUACUCAGUAGCUAACCUCGACGAGAUCCGAGCAACCAUGAAGCUCGUAAGAUUCUUGAUGAAGUUGAACAACGAGACUGUGUCAAUCGAAAUCAAGAACGGCACCGUUGUAAAUGGAACGAUCAUAGGAGUUGAUGUCAGCAUGAACACACACUUGAAGAGUGUGAAACUUACACCGAAAGGAAAAAACCCAAUCAGCCUCGAUCAUUUAAGUAUUAGGGGUAACACCAUUCGCUACUAUAUACUUCCCGACAGCUUAAAUCUUGAAACUUUACUUGUUGAGGAGACUCCAAGAGUUAAGCCCAAGAAGCCGAUUGCAGGGAAACCUUUGGGUCGCGGUCGGGGCAGAGGACGUGGUAGGGGGCGUGGACGUGGUCGUUAAGUUUUUUCCGUCGUCUCGAACAUUUGCGAUUACCGUAAAGAAUCUAUGUUGAAAAUUUGGGUGAAUUUUCUUGACUUUUAGAAUAUUCUAAUUGUAUUUUCAGCACAUUUGGUGUAAUGAAUCUUUUUAACUGUUUUUUUUCGUAUUUGAGGCGAACAGUAUUAUCGAGUUGCAUAUUCGGUUGCCAACUAUUUUACUUGA